GUGAUAAGAUGAAAGAUAAAUAAUAUGGUGGAAUAUGUAAAUAUGAGUUGGGGAUUGUUAGUUCUUAAGACAAUACACAGAAGGAAAAGUCAUACAAACAUUAUAGCAUGCCAAUCUCUGUCUUUUUAACAAGAGAAAAGAGCAAUGAUUAUCAUCAUCUUCUCAUGCCCCCCAUCAUCAUCAUUUACCCAUUUUCUCUCACCAUUAGACUUAGCUUCCAUUGCUCCACAUGAUUUCAUUAAGAUCUAAACUAAUACUUGACCCAUGUAAAUUUCCAUUUGUCAAUUUCUUGAUUUAUAUAUAUUACUAGAAGGGGUGCUUUUCAUCUUAUGAUUUGUUGUGUAGUAAAAUGUGUCGUAUCAUUUGUCCGGAUUUUAAUCAUGGUUGGAUUUAAAAGCUUCUUCAUGUUUACUUAUAUUUGGUAUUGGUGGAAAGAUGACAUUUUUAGCAAAAGUUUCUAGUAAACCUUUCUCUCUUGGAUAGUUUCUGAUGCCAACAAAGACAGACUUUUAUUUAAGACUGUGGGGGCAAAAAAAUAUUGCAAAUGAAUCAAAUGAUCAAAGAAUAUAAUCAAAUCUUUCAGCUAAUAAACUAAUAUAGGCAAUGAUGUAACAAGACUACAAAGAGUAAAGUAAUGUCACGAGGCUAGCAAAAAGUAGGAUAAUAUUGUAGAUGCAUUAUAAACAUCGGCCAUGCUUAUUCAUUAUUAUGUCUUAAACAAUACAUAGUAUAUACUAUAUACUGAUCAUGUCUGUUCCCAUAACACAUGCCAAGAAAGUAACACACAAUCAAUCUCUUGCUCUCUCUCUUCCUGGCCAUUUCUCUCUUCCAACCCUUAAAUAAACUUAAAAUCUUCUCAGAAUCUUGUGGAUCCUGCUCACAUGGGCUCCAUACCAUUUAUCUUCAUCAUCCUUCUCUUCCAUUUACAGAAAUCAAAACCUCAGACGAUCCAAUCAGCACAUCUCCUUGAUCUAAUGAUCAGAGAUUACACCAUCAGAAACUUCAACAUACAUGUCAAGACAGGCACGGUCCAGAAAAUUCAUCUUCCAGCAAAUUUCUCAUCCAUUGAUAUCGAUACGGCUAAGUUUAGAUGCGGGAGUUUGAAGAGACACGGUGCAAGAAUAGGAGAGUUUCACUUUGGUCCGGGCUUGAGUGUGCAGCCAUGUGUUGAGAGAGUGAUUCUGGUGAGACAGAACUUGGGUCUUAACUGGUCUUCUUCUAUUUACUCAACCGGUUAUAACUUAACCGGUUACAAUUACCAGCUCGUGACUCCGGUUCUCGGUUUAUUGGCUUACAAUUCUAACCCGGACGGUGUGGCUGUGAACCCUUAUGAAGUAAACUUAAUGGGCACAGAGAAAGACCAUAUUCUGAUAGAUUUCUUGAGCAUCAAGUCAAGUGGUAGCCCUAGGAGUGUAAAUUCCUCUCUAUUGUGUGCGUGCUUCACAAGUAACGGUAACAUAACGUUCAAAGAGCAAGUUUCAGCCUAUGUUUGCUUGGGAACAGCACAGGGGCAUUAUGCGCUCGUGGCUAAACAUCAUGAUGGUAGUGGUGGUGGUGGGGUGAUAACGCCGUCGUCUUCACCUGGUGUAAAUAACGGGGGAGGUGGGAAGUUGAGCCGGUGGAAAGUGGCGGUAGGGAGUGUGAUUGGGUCAGUGAUUGGAGCGUUGCUGCUAGGGUUAUUGGUGGUGGCGAUGUUAGUGAAAGGUAAGAAGAAAGCGAUGAGAGAAGAGAUAGAGCAGAGAGCUUAUGAAGAAGAAGCACUUCAGGUUUCAAUGGUGGGUCACGUUAGGGCUAAUCCCAAUAAUAGGUACAGUAGCAAGUAACAACAUAACUUAAUAGUUAGAUCCUCCUUAAUCAUCAUUUGUUUUCCAUUUUUAGUGUUAUUUGAGCUUCUUAUAAAUGUUGUAGUGUGAUUUGUAAGAUCUAUUUCUUUCUUUUUUUGAAUGACAUGUUAAAUUUAGAUGUAA